CUAUUUUCUUCUACAAAGUUGAAAAAGCUGCAGUUGGGAGGGACACUCAGAUAGCUCUGGUGGCUCCUUCUGUUCCUUUUGGAGUUGAUCUAUGAAUGCGCUGGAAGAAAAACAAUCAUCUUAUUGUCUCCUUUCAUACUGUUUAAAUUGCAGGAAGAAGCAGCUUUAAGAGAAAGAUUGAAGCAAAAUGACAGCUUCUCAAUUUGACUGUCAAUACUGCUCAGCAUCACUUCUUGGGAAGAAAUUUAUGCUAAAGGAUGGCAAUCCAUACUGCAUCAAAUGUUAUGAUCGCGUCUUUUGUAACUAUUGUGAGGAGUGCAAAGAAGCAAUUGAAUCAGGUUCCAAGGAUCUUUGUUACAAAGGCCGGCACUGGCAUGAAAGAUGCUUCAACUGUGCCAAAUGCAAUCACUCUUUGGUGGAAAAGCCUUUUGCUGCCAAGGAUGAGCGCCUGCUCUGCUCGGAGUGCUAUUCUAAUGAGUGCUCCUCCAAGUGCUUCCACUGCAAGAAGACCAUCAUGCCUGGUUCCCGCAAAAUGGAAUUUAAGGGAAACUACUGGCAUGAAACCUGUUUUGUGUGUGAGCAUUGCCGUCAGCCAAUAGGAACUAAACCUUUGAUUUCCAAAGAGAAUGGCAAUUACUGUGUGCGGUGUUUUCAGAAGGAGUUUGCUCACUACUGCAACUUUUGUAAGAAGGUGAUAACUUCAGGUUGGAUAACAUUUCAUGACCAGCCAUGGCAUAAAGAGUGUUUUCUGUGUAGCGGCUGCAGGAAAGAGCUCUGUGAUGAAGAGUUUAUGUCCAGAGAUGAUUAUCCAUUCUGCUUGGACUGCUACAACCGUCUUUAUGCCAAAAAGUGUGUAGCCUGCGCCAAACCCAUUACUGGUCUCAGAGGUGCCAAGUUUAUCUGCUUUCAAGACCGUCAGUGGCACAGCGAAUGCUUUAACUGUGGGAAGUGCUCCGUCUCCUUGGUGGGGGAAGGCUUCCUGACCCAGGACAAGGAAAUCUUCUGCCGCAAAUGUGGCUCUGGGGUGGAGACUGACAUCUAGACGGAGACAGUCCUUCCCUUCCUAACAUCCACCUUGCUUUUGUUCUCACUAAAUCCAGAACUUGGUUGAAGUCGUAUUUCUGACUUGAGUUUUAGAAAAUAUUAAUGUAAACUUCAUAGCAGAAGGGUUUUGCACACAUUUUGAUUGAACUGUAUUAUAAGAGCUCAAAAACACAGUCUAACGAAAAUGAAUGUAUACUAAAUCACAAAGGAACCUCUGCUUGCAAAAUACUGCACUCUGCUGUUAGAAAUAAUAGGAGCAUAUUUCUUUAUUGUAACCAAGUAAAGCACCUAUACAUAGAAGUCAUGGAUGUUAGUACUGAAGACAAAUGUCGUU